AUGGCGUCAGCAAUUCCUUACGACCCUGACGAUUUCGAGAACAACAAUCCUUUCGCGGAGCCCGAGGACAAUGCACCUUCACCCAAUCCUCCCCUUCAAUAUCUGACACCUCAUCAACACCCCCAGUACCACCAACAAUACCAACAAACCCAAACCCAAACCCAGUACGACCAAUCACAAGCACAUUUCCAAGCACAGGGAACCAAUGGUGCCAACGAUGGCACAGGUAAUGUAGCUGAGAGCCAUGUAGACCCUGAACAGCUCACGGAUCUGCUUACCAAGAAGGAGUUAUUGAAGCUAUUGCCCGAGCGAUUCCAGAAAAAGUACCUGUUAAAGAUCACGCUUGAAUCAAUUGAAAAAAAUAGACCCACAAACCCGAUCAUUAGGUUUAGCGCAGAGGUACAGGGCCUCCCCAGGUACCGCCAGAGCACAUACAAAGAUAUCCGUAGAACAUACAGCGAAGUGGUGAAAUUCAACCAGUACUUGACAAUUUCAAAUCUUGAGGUGUUCGUGCCCGUGAUCCCGCUGCCACAAACGUCCUAUCCCACUGGUGGGGAGGAUGAAACGAAGCAUUUACUCUAUUUGUGGCAGGAGUGGUUCGACCGCAUCGCUCGAAACCCAAUAUUGAUCACCGACGAGGAGCUAGUGUAUUUCAUCGAGAGUGACUUUGGCUACUCGGUGAUCAACUCUAAGCGCCGAUCGGCAGUUGCCAGUGGAUUUAUGCGGAAGACACUCAAACAGCUUUCCGUUCCUUAUGACCCCUUCCUUGACUUGGCAGAGUUCCGUCCGAUGGUCAAAUCAUCAUACUUGCUCUGUCAAAAGAUACACAAAAUCAUGGAGCAAAGUCAAAAGUGCGACCGGCUGCUUUCAGCGCUCGUCUCCGAGCUCAGUACUAAGCUUCGCGGCUUGGCUCAGUUUGAGCAAGUACAUCCUGGAAUGAAGAACAUGUGGGAGAAAUUCUCAAAGGUUGCCCAGACACAAGCCGAGCUCACUCUUGUUCAACUGGUAACCGAUAUGGUCUCCAUCGGAGACGGAGUGGAAGCAUUGGCAAAUGACUUGUUCGAAGUGAAAGAAGCGUUGACAAAUAGGCAUCUCAUUAUGAGAGAGUAUCUCCAGGCGCAGGCACAAACAAAGGCGAAACAGAUCCACGCUGCAAAGCUCAAAAGCAGGUCCUCCCUUGAUCCCAUCAAAGUUGACGAGGCUAUCAAUUCUUUGGAAAUGUCUACCAUGGCUGAGGAAAACCUACUAAGACAGGUCAAGCGUAUUUCUGGAGAGAUGAGAUUUGAGAGAAAGGAGGAAAUCAAUUUUAUCGAAAAGAAGUUCCAUCAUUUGCUAAAAUCCUUUACGCUAAAUCGCGUGGAUCACCAUCGAAAACUUCUUAAACAUUUAGAGAGCAUUCGUCUCGAUGUUCGUAUUAUUGACGCAAAAGGAGGUUUAUCUCGGUUGAAUCGUGACAACCUCACACAAAUGAAGCACAACUUGAGCCAAUCCCAGGCAGAAGGAGGUGAUUCAUGGUCGUCACGAACAUUCCGCAGCUUGGCUGUUGAGGAGGCUGAGAAGGAAGACCGCAUCAAGAAGCGCGAUGAGUCGAUUCCAAUCAAGGUCGAUGCUGAACAGGCAGCAUCACUUUUAGGCGUGGCAACGUUCUAA